GUCUCUAGCUAUCUGUUACAGUGAGAUUUUACUGAAGGACUUUGUUGAUCAGUUUUUCUUAGUUUGGAAAAGCUAUUUGAGAACCCCGUACCUAUUUUUGUAUAAAAUCUAAUGACAAUAUGAAAAAGUUGCUAUCCAAUUCAAUUUUCUUGAUGUAUUUAACUGCUUUAAUACCAGAUGAACAACUUGAUAUUUAUGUACACGAAAUUGCCUAUACAAAUAGGGCCUUGACAAAAUGCUUUAAUCACUUAUUUGCUCAUAUCCUAUGAUUUUAUAGUUAACUUGGGGAGUAAGAGAGAUCAUUUUUGUUGUAUGCUUUUGUGAGCUGGAUGUAAAUUAAUUACAGAAAUACAGUGUCAGCAUGAAUUAAUUAUGCAAGUAAGCCGUAUGGCUAUUUAUUUUAUUUAAAUGGCAAUAGCUUGAGAAGAUCUUUUGUCUUAAUAGAUUAGCCAGAAUUCAUUUGAAAAAGUCUUAGUAUGUUUAAGGUAAUGGGAAAAAAAAAUUGCUUUCAGUACAUCCUAGCAAAGAUCCUGUUUAAAACGGAUGACAGCCUGUCACGUUCAGUAGCAUAUCAGUCAUCAGAUUUAUUCUAAUUCCUUAAGCUGAACAUUUCAUUCAAGCUUGUAGAUUGUCUUGUCAAGCUACCAAAAGCUUCAUAGCAAUUCUGUCAAGCAUGCAGUUGCACCAACAGUUCACAAAUGAAUGCUAAGCUAAAAAAAAUGUUGUUUAUUUUCUUUAACAUUUUAUUCAUAUAACUAAACUUUUCUCUCGUGUUAUUUUCUCUUCAUCUGUUUAUCAGAAGGCAUUCAAGGAGCUACUUUCUGAACGUGCCUCAUCCUGACCAUACCCAUUUCAGCUCUGAAAUGUUGGAGGAAAAACUGGAGCUAGUGCCAGAUCAAACAACUUGAGAAGAACAAAUGGAGAACUUGUCUGAAGAAACCCACAACUUGGGACAGAAAGGAGAAGAUUUCUGUGCAGAAUUUCAAUUUCAUCCAAAUUCCUCCAGAAAAGCGGAUUUUUUCAUCCAAGCAGAAGAUGAAGUGCUGAAACUUUCAGAUUUGUUAGUAACCAGUCAAGGAAGAUCUCCAAAUAUGUGUGCUCAGUUCAGUUCCAGUCCUGGAGAAUCAAGUGGUGCUGUAGGAAGUAGAGGGAAAAUACUCCCUGAAUUUAUAUCUUCAAGGGAAGAUCCCACAGGUUUUGGUGGAAAGACACAAACUUCAUUCCUCUUAAAAGAAUUGGACACUCUAAGGGCCAAAAAUAAAAAGCUUCAAGAUGAGGUGUUGGAAAAGGACAAGGAGUUGAAGACAAUAAAACUGGACUUAGAACUGCAAGAGAGAGCUACAGAAGCUAAGAUUGCAGAAAAGAUUGCAGCUCUGGUUGAAGAAGUUUAUUCUGCUCAACGGGAACGUGACAAGGCUGUCAUGGCAAGGCUUAGGUUAGCCAACGAAGAGAGAGAUGAAGCAUUUCUACGAGUCCGGCGUUUAGAAGAGUCACUCAAAGAGCUAGAAAAUAUUAACCCUGAAGAAAAUGACAUGACAUUACAGGAAUUACUGAACAGAAUAAACAAUGCAGACACAGGGAUAGAUAUACUCAAGAAUGGAGCUAUAAUUCUGAAUCGAAUACACAGGACCAAAGAACGUAAAAAGAAAAUAAUAGCUGAGGAAAUGAACACAGUGAUAGAACAACGGGAUGCUGCUUUGUCUCAAUGCAAACGGUUAGAGCAGGAGCUUCAUCAUCUGAAAGAGCAGAACCAGACUUCAGCAAACAACACGAGACAUCUGACUGCUGAAAACAAUCAAGAACGUGCUCUGAAGGCAGAACUGAUAGCCCUGCAACAAGAAAAAGAAGCCACUCUUCAGCAGUGCAGAAAGUUAGAAGAAGAAAUCCAGAGAUUGCAUGUACAUUACAGUUUACACAAACCUGUGUCUCAAGGAGUGAGCCUGAAUGACUGGCUUCACUGUGCUUUCAUUACUUCUGAAGGUGGCCUGAAAGACAGGGAGGACAUUGUGACCAUUACCUAUGGCCAGCUUAAGGACCUGGCAGCUCAGCUGCAGCAAUCUCAGUCUGAGCAGCAGGACACCGAGCUGAAGCUUCAGAAGGCCUUGGAGGCUUUGAAGGAGGCCAAUGAGAAGGUUCAGAAGUUGGAAAGGCUGGUGGACGUCCUGAGGAAGAAGGUUGGAGCAGGGACCAUUAGGACCGUGAUCUGAUUGAAAGCUUCAGUCUAAGGAAGCAUUCACAUCUGGUGACCAGGCUGCUUCAUUCAGCACUGUGUAAACACUAAAGCCUUAACUUAGCAAACAGUUGUUAGAAGUGGGACACUCCAGCGACAUUCCAAGCUGAGAUAAAAUCAAAUCAUAAAUGUUUAACUACUUUGCUGCUGAGUUCUGUGAUUUGUUGAAAUGUUUCACUGCAAACAUAUAUUUGUUUUUAAGCAGAUGCAUUGUGGCUCUGUGUACUAUGAAAAAUGAUGUAGAUGCUUAUUUUAACAGUCUGUUCCAUCAGUGUAACUAGACUACUGUCUGCUGCAAGCAAGGCACAGCUUGACCGUGUGUUCAAAUACCUCCAGCUUCAGGUGCAAAAUCCUGGAAAACAGCUUCAAAAUUUGAAUCCCUUGUGUUAUUUAUGAAACUGCAAACAGUCUGGUAUUUGUAUAUUAAAUACAGUAAUUGAUAAAGUAAGUUUACGUUCAAGAAAUAGUUCUGUCCACUGUGUUGGAGAUUUUUUUCCUCUUUACUUGCAGCCCAUUGCAGCUAAUAACCAUAGCUACAUCUAAAGGAAGGAUGCACUUAUAGCUUUAUACAACACUUGAAUAACUGCUGGAGUACGUGGUAUUUUCAGCAUACCUUCCAAAGAAGUGUAUAGCUAGGUUUCACUGGAGGAACAACUGCAUAAAUAAUCAUAAAUCGCUGUGUGAAAGCCUUGAGACAUUGUGGGGUAUCUCAGACAGUGGGGAAGGUUUCCUGGUUUGUUUUUGGUUACUCCUCUGUCCUUCCCUAUAGGGUAAAUCCUUCAGAUGUUCAGAAAUCACCUUACAGUCAAAACGCAUCUAUUUGUUGUAAGGUGAGCGGCUCAGACAUUUCCUGCAAGAAUGUUUUCCCAGCUUUAUUUUGACCUCUGAUUGCUCUGCAAUGCAGGAGUACCAUCCGGGUUGGAUUUGGGGCCAGAAUGCCAGCCCUCUGCUCUGCUGACUCCCAAAGUGCCCUGGGAGAGAACUUGAAGGCUGAAGGACAAAAUCAUACAAAGAGGAAAGAAACAGAGGAGUGGGGAGGAAAAUUGCAGGUACACAGUCAUUGUAGACAUUACCCAAAGAUAUAGGAGAGUUGGCCCUAGAUGUGUAUUUGGGAACCAAAUAUCUCCAUGUACUCUGCAUAUUUUUAUCACACAAGCAAAUGCGAACUAAAGAGUCAGCUCAAGGCAGCUGCCCAACAAAUCUGGCCCCUUGCAGGGAAAUGAGUAGCAUUCCUUCAAGCCAAAUUUAUCCAGGGUCACUUCAGAAACUCCUGAUGAGCUCCUUUUUGACCUUUGUUCAAUCCUGAGAUAGCCAGUGAGACUGAAGUCUCUCCACAUGUAUUCAGUGGGAUGAAAGUUUCAUGCUUCCAGUCCAGAAGCCCAUCAACCCAGCACCCAGUCCCUUCCAACUCUCUAGAGUGCUCCCAUUCUGCAUUCAGACAACUCAAUGCUCUUUUUUCCAUUGUCUUCAUUGAACCUUGGAUCACUAAUUGAAAGAAAAGAUCACCUGAGCUGUCAGCACUGUUGAACCAGUUCUGCUUGAGGAAAUGGUAUAACCUAAUUUUUCUACUACAAAAACAUUAAACAGCCAUUCCUGUUUGUACCAUUUUUUCAUCCCUUAUGAUUUUACGUAUUUUUCAUCAUUCACUCACCCAUCUUCCAGACAGAAGCCCAAGUCUCUCAUAGAGGAGCUGUCUCAUGUUUUCAACUUGCCUUGUCAUGCUGAUCUAUUUCUUUUCUAGUUCUUCGGUGUUUUUACCAAGAUAGAGCAGGAUUUGUGCAUGGUAUUCAAGCUGUGACUUUAACAGAUGUCGUAAUUAUGUUUUCUGUUUUAUUCUUCAAGCUAUUUGUAAUUGUUUAAGCAUUAGAAUUUCUUUAAGAAAGCUUAUGUCUUUUAAGUUAGUACUUGUAUAAUAAUAAUAACUUUAGAUCUUAUUCUUCAGUUAUAAUAUCCAGUUCAGGAUUCAUCAUGGGGUGUACAAGAUCAGAACAGAUCAAAACCAUUUUCUGAACGUUCAGCUGCUGUAUUACUAUGCAUUCCCUGACUGAUUACCACUUGUCCCUAUUCCACAGCUCAUCCUUAGCAAUGAUAUUUCUUUAGGAAAUAUCAUUUAUCUCCAGAGUAUCCCCUUUUUCAAGGCAAUUUCUUAUGGCCUUGAAAUAAGUUGAACAGCAUGGUGUCUCACAAAGAUUCCUAUAGGACAGUAAGUUAGUUUAUAUUCACUGUGAAAAUGAUGCAUUUAUUGUUAGCUGUUGUUUUGAACUAACUUUUAACUACAUAUUUUUCCGUGUGAAGAUUUUCCAUCUUACUCCUUUGGCAACUGUGUUGAGGGAGCUUGUUUGUUGCUUGGGAAAUGCAAGUUUACUUAAUCACGGCUUGUUUUCUAUGCAUGAAUGUUCUAGAUUCCUCCUCCCCAUGUGUAUCAGAAUUUCUCACCUUGCCCCAAAUCCUUCCUCCUCUGAGCCAAUUAUUGUGUGAGUGCAGGCUCUGUAUAGCACAGCUGUUGGCCCUCCCUCCCCUUGCGUCAGCUGGCUUUGUUUAGGAACGUAGCAUCAGCAUACUUCUUAUUGUGGGUGUUACUUGAUUAUGUACAUUUAUAUGGUAAAUUUGCUACAUUAUUUUCUUUUUGACAUGUUAUACCUAAGAUAAAAAAAUAUUUCCUGAUUCUGUCUUACAUCUUGUACCAAGUGACCAUGAGAUGUAAUGAGCUUUUAAGUUAGCUUUUUUUUUAUAUCACCCUGCACAUGUUACUUUGAAUCAUAAUUAAAUUAGGCAUCAAUUUUUAAAAUUCAGAUAGAAAAGUUUGUUUUCUUUUGGAAAAGGCCUUGGGAAAUUGGCUGUGCUGGGAGGUGAAGAUUCUGAAGCAGUUGGGCUCUGUCUCCUCCUUGCUCAUAUCAUGGUGUGUGGUCCUCAACAAAUCCUGCAGUGACUGUUGUAAAAGGCAUGAAGACCCUCAAGAGGCCCACAGGCACCCUGGGGGGGAUCUCAGGCACCUCUGUGGGUUAAUGGCAAAACACUUUCACUUCUUCACCCGCUGUAGUGAAUGACAAAGGUUGGGCAGUUCCAGAAAUAGAGGCCCAGCCCUUGGUGCCUUCAGGUGGAUUUCUGGCCUCAGUGAACUCAGUCUGAGUUUUGUCUUUCAGUGUAAUGAGGGCAGGAACUCUGAUCUGACAUGUAGAAAUAGGCAAUAAUGAUAACACAGAUUAAUUGGCUUUUGUUGUGCAGUUUAUUCAGUGAGAAGUGAUUGAUGUCUGUGAAAUGUUCUGAAGGCAGAGAAAGCCUGCUCUAUAUAGCAGAUAUGGAGAAGUCACUUCUGUCCUAACUUGUGGAGAAAGAUGAGCUUGCAUCAGAUUAAGUAACAGAAAUAGCAGUUUGUUUUCCUCCCGGUGAUGAAAGAUGGCUCACCAUGGGCAAUACUUAUGGUGACAGUUGUAAUUACUGGUCAAAUUAGUGUCCCUGUUGUUUUGAAGAGCACUGAGAUAUUCAGGAAUACUCAACCCCUGUGAGAUUUCCUGUGUUUCUCUUGAUGAUCCUGCAGCAUGCUUGCAUUGGGAGCCAUUUCUGCAAUAUGCCAGGGUAAAAUAUGUAAAUAGCAUCAUGUUGGCUUGGGAUAAAAGCGUUAUUAAUGCUUUUCGGCACUGUAAUUAUACUCAUAGUAAGCCUUCCCUAAGCCCACACUAAUUAACAAUAUUAUGACAAAUCAACUUUAACAGAAAAGAACUGUGAACCUUUAGUCAUUUAGUACUGUUUUCAUUCAGCCCAUAACCCAAAAUCAGUAGUGUGGUUUUCUGCACGAGUGCCAGAAAAACUACUGAUACUUGCAAAGUUCAGAGCCAGAUCAGUCAUGUUUGCAGAAUCCCAGAGAUGAAGUCAGUUUGAUUCUGCUUUAAAUAUAUUCACAAUAAAGCAAGAUUCACUAGUUAACCAUUAAUAUAGGGGAACAUGAAAGCAGCUCUUAUGAAUAAGCCAUCAUAUUUAAAUAGUUUAGUAAAGUCAUUAUGUUGUCACUGGCAUACUUGUUUAUCUAUUUAUUCCAAAUCACAGGACACUUUACAGAUAUUCACCUUAAUUUUCAAAUUAAAUGGCUUUAUAAAUUUUCUUAUCAAAUGAUCAAGAAUUAUAACAUCCUUAAUCCAUGUACACAAAUGAACUUGCUAUCUAAAUGUCAAGAUUCUUCUGUGCUAUUAUUUUCUUCAUUUAGAACACUUCCUGAUGAAGGCUGCUAGCAUUUUUUUCUUCUUCUUUUUAAUUUGUGUGCCACAAGAUUUUUGUCACAUGCAGGAAUAAGCUGCAAGACACAUUAAGUCUCUCACUGACAGUUUCUCUCAUAUUGAUCUCACUAUGAUCACAGUGUUAUGCUGACUAUUAUUAUUGUACCAUUUCACAUCAGGUCUACAGAGCUGGACUUCCCUUGUUUGUUUUUCUCAUGCAUUGGUAAAUAAAAUGCAUUCACGAGUCCAAAAAACAAAGUGGUGUUCUCAUAUUAGGUUGAUUAUAAGUCAGCUGUUGAGCUUCACUGGUCUAAACAUUUCAUUCUUCAGUUUUGUUGGGAGCACACGUGUUCUGGGAGGCUUUUAAACAAAUGCUUGAAAUGGUUGAAAGAUUUACAUUGCUGGUGCCUAGCUAAAUAUGUAGUCUUUAGAAAAGACAUGGUUUAUUUUGGCACCAUUUGAAAAACUCAAAUAUUUUAAACAUUUGUUAAGUUUGAGCUUGCACAUUUCAACGAAAAGUUUGCAUUCCAAAAUUACAUCUCAGAUUACCUGUCUCUCUCUCUCUUUUGUAUUUUGUAAUCCUUUUAUUAAAAUAGUCUUUGCAAAAGAAGUUCAUUUUUGGGGGGAGGUGUUUGGUUGGUUGGUUUUUUUAAUUUGUAAAAUAUUGCCUUUACCUUAAUCAGUUUUUAAGGUAACAUUUACCUGGUAACUCUAUUCAACUAAACUUCAGAAAUGCAACUACAGAAUGCUUUCAGAAUUUAGAUCUUCAUGUGAGUGGCCAAGGCUUGUUUGUAAAAUUAGUCAAAUACAAGAAUUCUGGCCAAAUCCUGCAGAGCUUCAACUUAGUCAUUCUGAAUGCUAAGAUAAAUAAGUAGUAACCCUACUGUUAGGGGUGCAGGGCCAGACAAUAAAGAGAGCAGGUUGAAUGAGUACUGAACUGAUAAAAUAGAAUAGCUCAGGGAAAAAGAAAACCUUUUGCCUGGAGUUGUUUUUCUUUUUGGUCUUUCCCUCCCUUGGCUGGGGGAGGGGCUGCAAUGUUUAGCCUAAAUUUUUAUUUUAAAAUCAACUUUUACCUUUGAUUUUCCCAUAGGAUUUAACCUGAAAGUUGUACUGAAUCUUAAAAAAGUGAGAACGUAUAAAUUGAAAACAGUAUAUUUUGUAUAAAUCCUGACAGAUUCCCAGUUCAACAAACACUUGAGCAUACCACUACAAUUAUGCACGUGCUUUGGUGCGUUGCCUAGUCAACAGCCAACUGCAAAGGGUCACACGCCUUUCUGCGAAGCUGUCAUCAGGAGGAGUUUGGCGUGUUUCCUCCAUGGUUACCUGGGGCCAAAGGUCCAAACAGUGCCACAUUCACAGGAGUUCCUAAGCAUUUGAAUGGCUUCUGAACGUGCUAUGGCAGAUCCAUUGUCAUAUAGUGAAAUAGCAACGUACCUGGCAGAAUUCGUCACACCUGAUAAACCUUGCAGAAUACAUUACAUGAAUUUAAGAUGAUUACUGGAAUACAUGAAUAUGAAUACUGUAUUUCACAUAUGACUGAACAAUGACAUGAUUUCCUGAAGAAUUCAAAAGGUGGAAGCUAUGGGUUUGAGGUUUUUUGUUUCGUUUUGUUUUUGAUAAAGUAUAUUACUAGAACUACUACCAAAGCCAAAUUCAUAACAGAAAAGGAAAAUACAAAAAUUUAAGAUGGAAAAAUGAAAAUCUAGUUUAGUGCUAUUCUGAUUUAUUGUCUGUAACCUCAAGACCUUUGCUCACAAUUUUUGACUUUCACUGAAGUAGUGCCACUAUUUCACAAAUUCUUUCUUUUCAGAUAAGUAAACAGUUUUCAAAAAUGAGAAAUGAGUCUAAGUUGAAAUCAAGCAAGAUUUCAUACACUUCUAUGUGACAAUUAGCUUUUCAAAAAGUUAACUAAUAUCUUCACUUGGAUGUUUGGAUUAUUGAAAGAACAUACACAGCUCAGAUGCAGCCUAUGUGGAAGUAUACUAGAGUAGAAAUAGAAUAAGAAAUGGUAGGAUUCUCCAUCAACACAUGGUUUCCAAACAUUAGUGGCACACUUAAGCAAAAGAAGACACAAGACAUAAAAUUUGCAGUGUGAUCUGCUAUGGCAUUUGUUAUAUCAGCAUGCUUUGAAAUGGAGGUGCAGCAAAUGAAACACUUGAAGCUAUGACCUCCAGACUGGCAGACCAGUCUACCACUUAACUUUGUUCUCUCUGGUAAGGAGAGAUCACAGCUUUGCACACAGGUCAAAAAUAUAGAGCUCUGUAUCAAUGUCAUAGGAUAUGGAGCUGUAGGGCUCCAAAACAGCAUAUCAUGAUUUUCAUACCUGGAGUUACGAGUUCUCAAUGUGUGAUCCAGUCAGCAUACUGAGAAAGAUGUAGGUAAAUCCAAGUAAGUAGAAUCCAAGUAAAAGCUGUGAUUUACUUGGAUUCUGCUUCCUACAAGGACAUGGAAGGCAUACAUCAGGACGCCAGGACUGGUCAGCGCUGAAGCUGCAUAAUAGCAAAGUGCAAGUUAGAAAUUACAUUUUGAACAGAACAGCAGAAAAGAGUAGUAUGAGAAAAAAAAAUUGCAUGAGUGUGGAAGCAUAGUCUGCUUCAGAUGGAAAAAAAGGAGGAAAAUUUAUUACAAUAAGCAACAGAAAUACUUCACUUUGCAGACACACAGAGGUGUUGAAAAUGUCAUGGAAGUCAUAGCACAACACGGAUUCUGAAGUCUUUGAGUGUAGGUGUCUCACUGAAGCUAAAGUUGAUGUGAGAGUGUGAGGAUAAGAAAAAUGCUGAAAUUUGGUUGUGUUCAGUUUGUUCACUGAAUUCUUGUUUGAUAUGACAAGAUAUCUCAGUUCUAAAUUUUGAAUAAAACAACAUUCCUAAUUAACAUUUAGCUGGUUUGGUCACUGUGUAGUCAAUAUGUACAGUUGGCAGUGUCCCCCCUGCUUCUCUCAGGUUGAGCAAUAGAAAUCACACCUGUCCUAUCGCUAAAGCUUUUUUGUUAUAAAGAAGCAUAAAUUUAAUAUCACCAAAAUGGUAAAUAUUGAACCUUCUUAAGGUUUUCAUUAAGAAAUCUUAGCACACAUAUAAAAGAAAGUGAAAAACAAUAGCACUUUCUCCCAGUGAUGGGUUUCUUCACACAGGGGAUGAUCAGAGUUGGUCACAAUGAAUGGAGCAUGUUUCAAGCAGAUUUUAACACCUCUACUGCAGGUAUUGUGUGUCCAUAUGUCAGUUUUACUGUGGCUUGGGUGUGUGAAAUGCCAUCACCCACAGCUCUUUGUCACGUUUCUAACAGUCGCCACUCUGCCUUUCAGAGCCACAGCUUCAUCUGUCCCAUAGAGUAGUUCUCCAUUCUGACCCAGAGGCAUUGCCUAUGGAACUUGCUGCUCCCAUAUGUGGUAAUUUUGAACUGGUAGGUUGAAGUGCAGGAGAGGGUCAGAGAUGUGCAAACUUGCAUUGCGCUCUGUGUUGAGCAAAGACGUACCAGGAUGCAGGGAGAUGUGUGCAGAGUGUGAGGGACAGCUCUUAUC